AACCCUAUCACUCUCUGCUCCCGCAUACGAUUUAUAUUUUUCCUAUUUUUGUCCUAACAUUUUUCCUGCAGACGCUUCUGCUCAACCCUAGCCCUAAUUUCCCCGACCAAGAUCCAACUUUUCUCUGAGAUUCUGUAAGUAAUAGUUCAUAGCAAAAGAAUGGGCGAGAACAAGGAGAACGAUGCAUAUGAAGAGGAGCUUCUCGACUAUGAAGAAGAUGAUGAAAAACUCCCUGAUCCCGUCACCGGAAAAGUCAACGGCGAGUCCGCCAAAAAGGGUUAUGUUGGUAUUCACAGUUCGGGUUUCAGAGAUUUUCUUCUUAAGCCAGAGCUAUUGCGGGCUAUUGUGGACUCUGGGUUUGAGCAUCCUUCCGAAGGUAAAUUACUCCUACCACUACUAAUUUGGAGAUGUACAAUGGUAAAAUUUUUAAACUGAAACUGAGGUCUCGUUGGCUUCCAUGUAUUUGGUUAUUCAUCAGUGCAACACGAGUGUAUUCCACAAGCUAUUCUGGGAAUGGAUGUUAUUUGCCAAGCUAAAUCUGGAAUGGGCAAAACCGCUGUUUUUGUUCUUUCAACUCUGCAACAGAUUGAACCUGUUGCUGGUCAGGUUGCUGCCCUGGUUCUAUGUCACACUAGGGAAUUAGCUUAUCAGAUCUGUCAUGAGUUUGAGAGGUUCAGCACAUAUCUGCCCGAUAUCAAGGUUGCUGUUUUCUAUGGUGGUGUCAACAUCAAACUCCAUAAGGAGCUGCUGAAGAAUGAAUGUCCGCAUAUUGUCGUUGGAACUCCUGGAAGAGUACUUGCAUUGGCAAGAGAAAAGGACCUGUCUUUGAGGAAUGUGAGGCAUUUUAUACUAGAUGAAUGUGACAAGAUGCUUGAAUCCCUUGACAUGAGGAGAGACGUGCAGGAGAUCUUCAAAAUGACGCCUCAUGACAAGCAAGUCAUGAUGUUUUCUGCAACUCUCAGCAAGGAGAUUCGCCCGGUUUGCAAGAAAUUCAUGCAAGAUCCAAUGGAAAUUUAUGUUGAUGAUGAGGCCAAGUUGACCCUGCAUGGACUUGUACAGCACUACAUCAAAUUGAGUGAAACUGAGAAAAACCGUAAGCUCAAUGACCUGUUGGAUGCUUUGGACUUCAACCAAGUUGUUAUUUUUGUCAAGAGCGUGAGCAGAGCAGCAGAGUUGAAUAAGUUACUUGUGGAGUGUAAUUUUCCAGCUAUCUGCAUCCACUCUGGCAUGACUCAGGAAGAAAGAUUGACACGCUACAAGGGUUUCAAGGAAGGGCACAAGAGAAUUCUUGUGGCGACUGAUUUGGUUGGGAGAGGCAUAGACAUUGAAAGGGUUAACAUUGUCAUUAACUAUGACAUGCCAGAUUCUGCAGAUACUUACCUUCACAGAGUGGGAAGAGCUGGUAGAUUUGGAACCAAAGGCCUUGCCAUAACAUUUGUGUCCUCCGCAUCAGAUUCUGAUGUUCUCAAUCAGGUUCAGGAGAGGUUUGAAGUGGAUAUUAAAGAACUUCCUGAGCAGAUUGAUACUUCUACAUACAUGCCAUCUUAGUGGGUCUGAGGCCUGCCUAGCAAAUGUUGAAGUUGAUUUGCUGAAGACUGGGAGUGGCGAUGAUGUUUCUGCUUUAUGCAAUAUGGUUAGAAUUGCGCGGAGGCUUCCUCUGCUUUGGCACUUCUGGAUUUCCUGUACCCUCAUCGGACCUAUGCUGUUCCUACAUUAGCAUGGAAAUGUCUUAAUGUUAUGAUACCCAGUGUUCUAGCUAGUACCCAAAUGGAUGGAUUAUUCUGCUUUAGUUGUUCAUACCGCUGCUAGCUAAUGUUAUAUACUCAUUUGUUCAAGUUUCUGGAGUUACUUUUCUCUGAAAUCGUGCCUCUGCAAAAUGGUGUGGCAGCUUGGUGGUGGGUUGGUAUCAUCUGCAGUUGCAGAAAUUCAGUGGGAAUAUCAAUUUGGAACUUUUUUUGGUUUAGUAUUAACAUGCAAUAUUUAGUUUCACUUUGGUGAAUUGCUGGCUGUUAGUACCAUAAUCGAUAGAGAGGAAAUCUCAAGGCAGGUUGAGCAUUAUAUAUGUAUCGGGGUUUCUGCUAAGUCUACCUGUUAUCAUAUUUUAGCCUAGCUUGAAGUUGUGUUGGAGUUAUUUAUCUUGACAACUGAUGUUUUAGUGUCAUUGUAAUUAGCCAUCUUUGUAGACUUGGUUGCUGUGAGUAUGGUUAAAUUGUCUUACAAUCUACGCUCUU